CAUGGUUCUUGAUGACAACAACAUGACCCUUUGAUCAUGAGGCAGGUCCUGGAUUGCAUGGUCUUUUCAAUACAACAUAUGGUCUGAUGGCCAACACCUGCACCGCUUAAGAUGAAUUCUUCCGAGCACACCAAGGUCCAGAGCGAUCCCAGCGAUGACAGUGAUGACAAUGCACCACAUCAAGACACGUCGCCAUCGGCGGAGAAAAAGGUCCGUUCCAGCAGAGCCUGUAUCGCGUGUCGGCGCAUGAAAACCCGUUGCGAGGUGGACGAGGCUCUCGGCAGUGCCUGUAAAUUAUGCAUCCGCACUCGGCGACAGUGUGUUAUGCAAUCUCUUCCACGAAGGCGCACUAGGAAGACUACAGAUCGAGUGACUGAUCUCGAGAAGAAAAUCGAACAACUGACGUCUCUUCUGGCUACAAGCGAAUCUGGCUCGCAUGGGCCGACGCCCAAAUCUACCAGCGAUGGUUUGGCUGCCUCGGAUGGAGAUGCUGGAGCCAAAACCAGUGAAACUCUGAUCGACCAAGCAAUCGCCGACGGCCUUGUUGAUUGGCACACAGCUUGCAUUGCUUUCGAUCGUUACAAGUUCCAAAUGUCUCGAUAUUUUCCCUUUGUUGUUUUCUCCGACGACGUCGAGGCAGCCACGGUCAAGGAGCAACAGCCUCUCCUUUUCUGCGCCAUUGUAGUGGUCGGCACCUCGUCCAUGCAUUCAUCCUCUAAGCAAGAGCUGAGGGACUCACUGACCAAGGACCUUGCGCUAAGGGCUCAAUAUCGCGGGGAAAGGUCUCUCGAACUCAUCCAGGCUUUGCUAGUUUUGAUCAGCUUUUACGCACGCGCCAAGCACAUGCGAGAACUCAACUUCAACCAGAUGGUUCAUACCGCAGCGGCAAUGGGCCUUGACGUCGGCUUAGGUCGGAGAUCUCACAAAUCAUUUCCUGCUCAGAUAGCAGGCGAACACCAGCUCGAGUCCCUUGCAGGUCGGAGGGCUUGGUUAGGGUGCUAUUACUCGGCUACAAGCGUUUCCAUUUCCCUACGUCAUCCGACCUUUGUUCGAUGGUCGGUGUACAUUGAAGAAUGCCUCGACGUCAUUGCCAAUGAUCCCAACGCUCUGCCUAGCGAUAAAUGGCUUUGUGAUCUGAUAAGGCUCCAGCACAUCGCCGAGGACGCAUCCAUCAUCUUCUCCAUGGACGAUCCGGGAUCCAAUAUCACCCUUCGAGAUGUCAAAGUUCAGUAUCAGCUAGGCGGGUUUCGCCAACAGCUCGAGCAAUGGAGGUGGCAAGCCAGGUCGAACACAGAGGAACCCUAUAUCCGUCAUGUUGAGGCAGUCAUGACACUGUAUGUCCACGAGGUAGCACUUCAUUCGGAGCACGACAUCGAUGAGCUCCGUGCACCUCUACGUCCCACCCAGCUUGCUCAAGCCGCUGCAGGCGUUGACACCAUUGUGACACCGUUGGAAGAUUUGCACUUGAUGCCUGCACGAAUCGAAGCUCUGGUCAACUGUCUCACCGCGAUCCACGCCGUCUUCGACUCGUUUCUCUCCAUGAGCCUGGCCAUGCUGUGCACGUUACCGAAUCUCUUCUUCGUCCGGACCGGUUAUGCGGCUCGAUCUCUUCGGAAGUUGUUGAUCAUAUGCGAGAAUCAAGGUCAGGCCGGGACGCAAUUUCCAAUUGACAAAAAGGAUCUCAGAUUCGACGAAUAUAUGAUGUCAUUGUCCGAAGUUUUCAGCAAAGUCCACGCUGCCAACAAUUCUCAGGUGGCGAGGGCAUUCUCCAUGGUCCUGCUGCAGAUGAGGAUGCAGGCCACCACUUCAAAUGUCAUAUCUGAUAGACGAGGCGUCAUUGAAGGCAUGUCAGGCGGACAAAAGCCUCGAGAAUCGGGUGGGUUCAGAACAAACCAUGCUGCUCCGCUGGCCUCAACAAGUCAGGCUGUGAUCAAUGUUGGAGAGCCCCCAAUACCAUCCACCAGCACAGUCAGAGCGGUGGACUUUCAGACUACAGGCAGGCAGCCAGGGCUAGCUAUGGAUCAGCCAAAUCUUGACUCACACCCCAUGUUCUCGGGAUAUCCAGAGACAGUAGCCUGGCCUCUGCAAGAGGGCCCAGACGCAUUGAUGAGUGGGGUCGAUGUCUUACAGUGGUACGGACAAGAUUUCAUGUUUGACGACACUUCGACGUUUGGCUAUGAAAAUCCGAAUCAGUUUGGCGGUUGGCCCUCGCAGUAAUCUCUCGACCUCGAUCGUCGAGACGCAUGACGCUUGCCACCGAGAUGUAUGAUAAAUGAAGCAUGUUGGAAUUUGAUGACAUGGAUAUCUUACCGAAUGACGAGCCGCCGGCUCGAGUCGCUAUUAGUGGAUAUAUGUUUUGUCAUUAUCCAUAGACGUGGGCAUAUCACAAUCAUGGGCCCGUUCCCCC